CUAAGUGUACCCAACAAAAAUAAUGCUGAACCACAGACACUAGGAAGUCAAAGUUUAUCUGCGAUACAAGAACCUGCAAAACAUUAUCAAAGAAAUGCAAUGGCUUUAUAUCAUUCUCCAGACCCAAAAAGCAAUGCCCACAAAACCGACACAAGCAGACAGAGUCAACAAAGAGGAGCAGACUCCAGGGAAACAAACUCAUCUGGAAUUUCCUCCAAGACAUCUCAUGGUCAAUUUGAACGGGUGUCACGGAAUUCAACAUCAGCAUCGAGUACAGAAACGUCACAAAGGGAUGAUCAGGAGUCUUCAAACGAUCCAGAUAAGAAGUUUGUGAAAGAGCAUCAUAGUACAGAAACAUCAGAUUAUCACUCAAUACAAUGUGAGGUUCAAAAACUUCAAGAUCUAACGCUCUGUAAGGUCUGUAUGGAUGCAAACGUCAACAUCGUCUUUAUGCCAUGCGGUCAUAUUGUCACGUGUUUUACCUGCUCGAAAUCCGUAAAGAAAUGUCCACUCUGCAGACAGAAAAUAAAAGGCACCGUAAAAGCUUACCUGUCAUGAUGAGCACUUACCUGAAUACGUAUACAUGUACAAAUCUGCUGAUAAUUAGUAAACUACUAUGGCGUAACUUAUGUC